AUGAUGGGCACUUGCAACAACAGGGUCUUGCCUAAAAUCUUUGGAAUAUUGCUCAUAGCAUCAUUUUUGGUGCUACACACAUCUGCCUUCUCGUAUCGAUCCAUUCAAGAUCGAGGAGACACCCUUGGAUCCUCAAGCACUGUCAAUGAUGAAACAAGACUUCCAACAACAAAACAUCAGUGUCAAUUCUGCGACAAGACAUUCGGCACAAGAAAUGCGCUAUUUCGACACUUGAAUACUGAUCAGAGUUGUUCUUCUGAGUUUCUUAGUUUCAGCGAUACGACAGUCAGGAAAGAUCAUAGCCUAAGCCACCCUUCUAUGACAAAAGUGUCUUUAUUUCUGAAGAUAUCCUACACUCUUCAGUUCCAAAGAACUUUCACCGGUGCUCCAAGUGACAGCAGUUCCGAAUCCAUAGACUCGGUGUUUCGUUGGAGAGCAGGAUGUAAAAAUCCAUCAGAUGCUCACGAAAUUGGUCAAAAGGUCCAAGAAGCGAUCAAAUUAGGUCUCUUCGAUUUAUUUGGUGGUCCGAAUCUAGAAGCAGCAUAUGGCAACACACCGAAUAGAGAUCAUAUCUCAGGCAAGGAUUGGAUCGUUGGUACGACACAGACAUCGGUAGCAAACCACCGCCCAUUGGUUUUGGCGCAAGAGAAUGGCAUAUCAUCUGCAGCAGAUUAUCUUCUCGUGAACCUUCAGAUGCCACAGGGAGAGAUGGAGGGUUGUAAUGAAGUCGACAAGCUUCUAACAGUGGCAAGGAAUUAUCUCGGAGACGAUUUUGAAACUUCUUCUGGGUCUGUUUACAAUCUGAAAAUAUUGAAUGGAAUGCGACUGCCCGCAGGUUUUGCAUUUCACGCCGAAAAGGAGUGUACACAACGAGUUUAUCACUAUUUGCUUCCUCUUUCGUGGCUACCUGACGGAGCAUUGCUCGAAUCUUGGUGCCGAAACUAUGAUGAUCAGGCAAAGCCAGCGCCACCAUCAGAUGCGUUGGCAAGGUUGCGGGAGGCGCUUCAGCUGGCUGAAUCCACCUCGAUUCCAAACAGAAAAGUAAGACGACGACAGAGUAGAUCUGCCAACUACGACUCGGACCUGAUUGCUACACCAAACCCCCAUAAAAACAAAAAAAUUAGAAAAGGAUCAGCAUCAUUCGAUAGAAAGGAACGAAUACCAUGGCAUAACUUUGGUCAUGUGGAAUUAAGAGGAGAUGCUAGUCCCAAUCAGGAACCAAUUUGGAACGUCUUGGAUAAAGCUAGAAUAAAGGGCUUCCUUCUGCCAUCUGGUUUCGAAGAUGCAGAUGAAACAUUGGUUGUUUUGGAGUUUCGCGGGGAUAAUUUCGUGCCUGGUCAAAUUCAAAGCAUUGUUGGCACUUCGGUGGCAGUGGUACAUGGAUGGCUUCCUUCUGAUAUCUUUUCAAUGGCACUAUCGAAAGCUUUCUUAUUGGAAACUCCGUCCUCCCCGAACAAUAGACUGUACUGUGCCGGAGCUCGGUUCCAUUCUCACGAAUCAAAGCUUGCUGCGGUGAUGCAGAACGAUGAUGAGGGGCAAGUACAGACUUUUGAGGCUUUGGAAUAUGACAACCCCGAAACAGCUUUACAAGCGACACAAGCACAAGUGCUCGAAAGAUCUGGCUGCUUCAAAAGCUCUGCCAUGGACAAUGAUAAACAAUGGCUGGAAGAGCUGAAGCAUUCGAUAUCGCCGAGAAUCAAAGAGGCAAUGCUGCGACUGAAAGAGCAGCACGUUGGGGGUUCUGGAACUUCAAUUGCUAUUGCUGAUAGUCUACCAACCCUUGAAGAAUGCGUACAAGAGCAAUGCGCUAUUGUAGGGCGGACGACCCACGAUAUGACGGCACCUGUACAAGCAUAUCAGCGGACGCUGUUCCUUUUGAGGGAAUUAAUUACCACAGGAUCUUGGCCAGAAACUUCGAUGGCUCGUUCGAAUGUAAUUUGCGAGGGAGACACACAACCCAGGAACAAUGCCGGGUCUUUUACCGUCUUCAAUACGGAAGUACCACACAAUCCACUUCUCAAUAGCAUGGAAACAAUUCAUCAGGCCCAUGGCACCAUAGAGCAAAAGGAUGUUUCUAAACAGUCCUUGCCGCUGGGGAAUCAGAAGUUUCCCGAGCUAGUGGAAUCGGUUUUUGAAUUGGAGCAAGUGUUAAUUGAAUCGGGAAUGCUUCAUCAGAAGGCAUGCUUAGAUGGGUCUCCAACGGCCGUGGAGCUGGCCAAAGUCUGUCCCUCAUCGUAG